AUGCAGUCUGUUCAAGAUCAACAAGAUAUCAUUCAAAAGGUUCGCGAGAUCUUGGAUAAGUAUGAGACUUGUCUUGGGGAGAUCAAUCAGAAAAUCUGGUCUAAGCCUGAACUUGCUUUCGAAGAAUAUUCAGCACAUGAUAAUAUCUGUGCAUUCUUCGAUUCCCUUGCGGAUGAGGGCUAUGUCGUAAAACGUCAUGCAUACGGCGUUGAGACAGCACUUGAAAUUUCCUACACACAUGGAAGAGGUGGUCGGGUAGUUGCAUUCAACGCAGAGUAUGAUGCUUUGCCUGGAAUCGGACAUGCGUGUGGUCACAAUCUCAUUGCUACUAGCUCCAUUGCUUCUUUCCUAGCUACUGCCGAGGCAAUGAAAGCGCUUUACUCUGAUAAAAUUGGAUUCUCGGCUCGUCUUCUUGGUACCCCCGCUGAAGAAGGGGGUGGUGGUAAGCUGCAUCUGAUAGAUGGGGGUGCUUACAAGGGUGUUGAUGCUUGCUUCAUGGUUCAUCCUUUCCCAGUCUUGUCUGGCGCCCCAGACCUCCUCAGCUCGAGUUCUUGUACGGGCCAGUACCUUGCAAAUGAUAAGGUGGAGGUUACCUUUACUGGAAAGCCGGCUCAUGCAUCUGCUGCGCCGUGGGAAGGUAUUAAUGCGCUUGAUGCUGUUGUGGCGGCUUAUGUGAACAUCUCAAUGCUGCGACAACAGAUUUUGCCCACGCAGAAGAUUCAUGGUGUCGUAUUAAGGGGUGGUGAGAGGCCUAAUGUUAUUCCCGCCUCUACGACGGUGGAUUAUUAUAUUCGGUCGGAGACGAAGAAGACUUUAAAGCCUUUGACUGAGCGCGUGUUGAAGUGUUUCGAGGCGGCAGCUAUGGCUACUGGGUGUACAGUUGAGUAUAAAUGGGACGCUGCUUAUACCGACAUGAAAAACAACAAACCUAUUUGUGAUAGUUACACAUCGGCUAUGAACGCCAUGGGCUACAGUACUAUACUCGAUGCAGUUGGUCAGGAGGGUGGCUUGAGCGGAGGCUCAACUGAUAUGGGCAAUGUAUCCUACGAGGUUCCGGGUUUCCAUGGAGGGUUCUAUAUCCAUACAGAGGGUGUUAACCACACACCUCAUUUCACUGCUGGUGCGGGGUCUCAAGAGAGCUUCAAGCGCAGUUUAUACUGUGCAGCUGGAAUGGCUGUAGUUGGAUGUCGUGUGUUGGCUGAUGACGGGUUUGCAAAGGCGAUCCAAGCUGACUUUGAGAAAGACCUAUAG